AUAGUACUUACAUAGUUUACAAAUACAUAAAUUUUCAGCCAAAUUUAAACUGUUAGGCUCUUAAAAAUUGAAAUGUGUCAAAUAAAUUGAGAUAGAUGGAUCGGAAUAGUAAUUCUGAUAGUUUUUUGGGAAUAAGUGUUGGGAGAAACAAAUGCAUGAUAGUAAAUAAGAAUAUUGUGAUCUUUUUAAAUGUAGCCAUUAUAUGGAACAAAUUAUUAUGGUUAUUUCAGGCAAGGAGCAUGGACCUGAUCACCUGGGAAUGUGGUUUAUUGUUUCUACUCUUUCUCCCACUCAUAUUAUAAAGCCAUUGAAGUGCAAAAACAGAGAAACAAAGUGAAAAAAUGGGCAUAGAAACACAAGUUGAAGUGAAGCCAAGAAAGGGUGGUUUUAGAACUAUGCCUUUCAUCAUUGUGAAUGAAUCAUUUGAAAGGGUAGCAAGUUAUGGUUUACAAUUUAACAUGCUAAUGUAUUUGAUGACAUAUUAUAAUAUGAGUGCUGCGACUGGUACUAGUAUUCUUGCAUUAUGGGCUGCACUUUCAAAUGGAUUGGCUAUUGUUGGUGCAAUUAUUGCGGAUUAUUAUUGGGGUAGAUUUAGAGCUGUUGCAUUUGGAUCCAUAUCCACUCUUAUUGGAAUGAUAAUUCUAUGGCUCACAGCAAUGAUUCCACAACUCAAGUCUUUACCCUGUUCUCAUUUCCAACAUGUUUGUAAUGGACCAACAGCAUUCCUAUUUGCUGUUCUGUUUUCAUCUCUUGUGUUUAUGUCCGUCGGAGCUGGUUUUGUUAGACCUUGUUCUAUAAUAUUUGGUGCUGAUCAAUUGGAAAAUAAACAGAACCCCGAGAACGGGAGGAUUCUUGAUAGUUAUUUCAAUUGGUACUAUGCUAGCUCAGGGAUUUCAACUAUUCUCGCAGUUACUAUUAUCGUUUAUAUUCAAGAUCUUUAUGGUUGGAAAGUUGGCUUUGGUGUCCCUGUUAUCCUUAUGUUUUUGUCUGUCUUAAUGUUCCAAAUUGGUUCUCCUCUUUAUAUAAAAGUGAAAGCUAAAGAUACGGAAAACUUGGUCAUAGGAUUGUUUCAAGCACUUGUAGCAGCUUUUAGGAAAAGAAAUACCCGUCUUUCAUUGAGUGAUUGUGAUGAAUACUAUCGUUGGCCACUUGAAUCAGAGGUCUUGACUCCAUCAAUGGACUUAAGGUGGUUAAAUAGCGCUUGCAUGAUUGAAGAUGCUGAAAGAGAUUUGAAUCCUGAUGGAUCAGCUUCAAAUCCAUGGAAACUCUGUAGUUUGGAACAAGUUGAAUCACUCAAGGCUCUUCUUAGAGUACUUCCUAUGUGGUCCACUGGUUUUGUGAUCUUUGUGGACAUGAAUGUGUUUGCAUUUUCCUUACUUCAAACAAAAACCAUGGAUAGACACAUCUUCCCUCACUUUGAAGUACCAGCAGCAUCAUUCAGUGUGUUCUUGAUUAUUGCUUUGACAAUCUGGAUUGCUUUCUACGACCGUGUUUUGGUCCCUUUACUAUCAAAAUAUACUGGACAGCCAAGAGGGCUAAGUCCUGUCACCAGAAUGGGGAUUGGCUUAAUAGCCUCCAGUAUGUCUAUUGCAUUAUCAGCAAUAACAGAAAGCAUAAGACGACAAAGGGCAAUAGAGGAAGGACAUGAGGACGAUCCAAAUGCUUUAGUGAACAUGUCUGCUAUGUGGUUUGUGCCACAGUAUGCACUACUCGGAGUGGCUGAGGCUGCCCAUGCAGUUGGACAGAUUGAGUUCUUGUAUGCUCUAUUACCGAAAAGCAUGUCCAGCACUGCGUCAGCUAUGUACACUGUUGGGACUGCUGUGUCGAGUUUGAUUGGAAGUAUUCUGGUGAGUAGUGUGGAUUGGCUUUCAUCAACGGGAGGUAAAACGAGCUGGCUUUCGAGCAACAUUAACCAGGGUCACAUUGAUUACUUUUUCUGGCUACUUACAUUUUUGAACUUGCUAAACUUGUUAUAUUUUUUGCUCAUCUGCUGGUUUUAUGAAGUUGGCAAUAAUGGGAGCAGUAAUUCAGCUCAUGUUGCUGAAGAUAAAGAAUGUGAUUAUAGACUCUUAUCUGAAUCAUGAUGAUAUGUUGGACUGCAUUUUGAAUGAUACAACAACUACUAAAUAAGUUAGACAAUAAAAUAUUUUUAUAUGUUUAGACCUCUUCACAUAUUUUUUUGAAAGUAUGUUGUGACUUUACUCAGACAAAAAUGUUAAACAUGCAUUUUUGAUACCUUAAAAAAAAAAUAAGGUUGUCGGAGGCUACUCUGUCCUAAACUCUUACUCGUGCAUUUAUAAAAAAUAUUAUAUUUUUUUGACAACGCA